AUGAAAAUUAUUAGCUGGAACUGCCGAGGGAUUGGCAACCCUCAGACAGUUCAAGACCUUUGUCUGUUGACAAGGGAGAAUAAGGCCAACAUGAUUUUUUUGAUUGAAACCAUGAGUAAAGCAAGUAAACUAGAAAGAUUGAAAAGAAGACUUGGUAUGGAAGGUUGUUUUGUUAUAGAUUCAGUGGGGAAGAAAGGGGGAUUGGCUUUGUAUUGGAGAAACAGUGAGGAAGUGGAAAUUAAAAGCUAUUCUACUUGGCAUAUCAAUGCUGAGGUAAAUGAGGAGGGACAAGGCAUAAAGUGGUUAUUCACUGGGUUCUAUGGCCAUCCUGAGACAGGGAAGAUGAUGUUUUCUUGGGAUCUACUGAGGAGGUUAAAGCCUAGGGAGCAGGAACCAUGGUGUGUGGUAGGAGAUUUUAAUGAGAUUCUUAUUCAAACUGAAAAGGUGGGGGGUCGACAAAGAGCUGAACUUCAAAUGAAUCAAUUUAGAGAAGCUUUAGAGGACACUAUGCUGUAUGACUUGGGAUGCAGAAAUGGUUUUUAUACAUGGAGUAACAGGCAUAAUGACCACUCUUUUACAAAGGAGAGGUUAGAUAGAUGUGUGGCAAACAAUAAAUGGAGGGACAUGUUUAAAAGUGCUGGUGUACAGGGCUUGUCAGCUAGGAGCUCAGACCAUCUACCUUUGUUGGUUUUAACAAGAGGAAAUGAGGUGAGACAGAGAAGGGGGCAGUUUCCUUUCAGAUUUGAGGCAAGCUGGGUGAAAGAAGAAGAUUGUGAAGAGAAAAUAAAACAAGAAUGGGUCAGGGGACAGCAGUCAACUGAUUUUGUCAAGAAAGUGCAGACAAGGUUGAAAUUUUGUAGUGGAAUGCUAGUGAGAAGUUUCAAAAGAAAAGAUAAAGAGAGAACAAGUGAAAUAGACCAAAUUACAAGAAAAAUAAAAGAAGUUCAAGAAGAUCUGGGGCAUCAUAACAUAGAAGAGUUGAAGAGCCUGCAGAAGCAAGUAGGAGGUUUGUUGGAGCAGGAGGAUAUCAAGUGGAGGCAGAGAGCAAAAAGGAACUGGUAUAGCCUUGGUGAUAAGAAUACAAGGUCUUUUCAUGAGUGUGCAAACCAGAGAAGAAGAAGGAACAGGAUCUACACAGUGGUUGAUAGUAGAGGCUUCUUGAAAGAAGGGGAAGAAGAGAUUGAGAAAGCUUUUCAUGAACAUUUUACAGCUGUGUACAAGAGUGUUAAGCCAAAGGAAGAUAUGAUCAGUAAAUGCUCAAUUACAGUUGAGGAAAAUGUUACUUGUGAGAUGAAUGACUUCCUAGAAAAAGCUUUCAAAAGAGAGGAGCCUUGA